AUGGAUGUCCACCUCUUGGUCUACGACCUCUCCCAAGGCUUAGCUCGCCAAAUGUCCAUGGGUAUACUCGGCUUUCAGCUCGACGCCAUCUACCACACAUCCAUCGAGUUGGAGGGCCGUGAAUAUGUCUACGACGGAGGCAUCAUCGCCAUUGUACCCGGUUCGUCUCACCUUGGACAGCCGCUUGAGAGGCUGCACCUGGGCCAGACAGAUGUCCCCUUGGAUGUUGUCGAAGAGUACAUAGAGUCUGUCCGGCCUAUUUUCACCGUCGAGGCAUAUGACCUCUUCCACCACAACUGCAACAACUUUACCGACUCAUUUUCCAACUUCCUGCUGGGGAAGGGCAUACCCAGCCACAUCACCAGCAUGCCCCAGGCAGUCCUCGACUCGCCUAUGGGUCGCAUGCUGGUACCCCAGCUGAUGCAGGGUGUCAAUGCCGGCAGACAGAACGGGUCCAUCCUGGGACUGGGACAGAGCGGACAGCAGGCAGGCGGCAAGCCUCGGACGUCGAGUGGCGUCUGGGACGUUUCCAGCUCGACAGAACUAUCCAGUGCACUUGGCUCGGCGGGGAAAUCGGGUGCCAUCAUCUUCUUCACAUCGGUCACCUGCGGCCCUUGCAAGGCGCUCUAUCCGGCCUUUGACCAGCUGGCAGAGGAGCAUCAGGGCAAGGUGACUUGCAUCAAGGUCGACAUAUCUCAGCCGCAAGCACAGGCUAUAGCCAGCCAGUACGGCAUACGGGCAACGCCGACAUUCGUCACGUUUCUGAGGGGCCAGCAGGAGGACAGGUGGACGGGCUCCACGCCGGGCGACCUCUCCGGGCGCGUCCGUCUACUGGCCCACAUGGCGUCGUUGACGCAUCCUCACCACUCGCUCAGACUGCCGUCGUUUGCAUCGGCAGGCACGAAACCGGUGAUGUACACCAAGGCACCGCCGAUGGCCAAGCUCAUGGCCAAGAUGGGCGACGAGCUGGCAGGGGCUUCCGGCGUCCAGAGUCUGCGGACAUUCAUAGAGGAGCGAGAAGCAAAAGGGGCCGUGGACGCCGUGGUGCCCGACCUCGCGUCUCUGUCUGACUUUUUACGCAAGUCGGUGGCGGACCGGAGCCCCGAGACCCUCUUCGGCGUCGUCGACCUGUUCCGCUGCGCCCUCGUCGACCCUCGUGUAAGCGGCUACUUUGCCGAGGAAGCCGACCAGAAGACGGUGCGUGCCAUUCUCGAGCUCGUCAACAGCGGCAGCAGCUGCCCCUACGCCCUACGCCUGGUAACCCUCCAGAUGGCGUGCAACCUCUUCUCGACAUCCCUGUUCGCCCACCAGGUGCUGUUGAACCCGAACACCAGCAGCAACCUUGUCCCGUCCAUCACGCAGCUGAUCACGUCCAGCUUCCUCGAUGAGAGCCACAACAGCAUCAGGGUGGCAGCCUCAUCUCUGCUGUUCAACUUGGCUCUGGAAAGCAGGGAGGCCCGCAGGAAGGCAAGCCCCUCGCAGCUCCAGGGUCUCCCCGAGGCAGACCAGGUUGAACUAGCUGCGUCGGUGGUCGAGGCUAUCGGCCAGGAGGACAAGUCUGUCGAGGCGCUGCAGGGGAUGCUGUCGGCGCUGGGUCAUCUGUUCUACGAGGCUGACCUCGAUGGUGAACUAGCUGAUUUGCUGCGCACUCUGGAUGCUGCGGGGACCAUACUGAGCAAGAAGAAGGAUUUCGCGUCGGAGAAGCUGGUGACGGAGGUCGGCGGGGAGUUGUUGGGUAAAGGGCUGAGGAAGCCGUGA